CUUGCAAUUCGCCCUCUAUCAUCAGCAACACAGCACCGACAUUCUGCACUCUACCGUUACCCCUUUUGCCACACCGACAUAUCCUUAUAGCAUUACCGAUUUCGCCGUUGGCGCCGACAUUCCACACACAUCCCUCACGGGGAAUGCCCUCGUGUCCCCGGCAUUGGACUAUCAUCUGAGCCUCCUAUCUUUAGCAACCCAACAUCGGUAUCUUGCAUCUUCCUGCUACUCCUUGAACAGCCGCACGAAAUUUUCACAGCUUUACCGACACUAUCUUCAUUGCCGACUUUCCAUAAGAAUCAUCCGAGCCUCCUAUCUUCAGCAAAUAUGCCGGCCAUGUCCAGCCUCGCACUCGAGCGCAAUAAUCGCGCACGCCUACGCCCUCAAGCAGAGAUCAUAUCUCCAAGAUCAGAUCGGAUUUUCCCUCAGUCCAACCGAGACAGUCAUGUCCCACCACGGCAAAAGGUACAUGAAUGGCUCUUCAACCAACAACACCUUGUGCAGGCAGGCAUGAUGGCCAAUGUCGAUUCACCACGCUCCAUUCGGAUGAGCCCAGCCCUCUCAGCAAACAUCCAAUCUACCAGGUUCGAAACGCCACCUAGAAACACACAGCCUCUCGACCUGUUGCCACCUCUCCGGCCACCUAAGCGUACUGUGUCGUAUGGUGGAAACCAAGAUGUAGACCCAGAGAACGAAGAUAAAAACCUAGACAGCUCCCUGAGGCGUCGCAUUUCCAGCCUUCUUAAAAUACGCCCUGCCAAAAGGACAAGGAAUAACCCGCCGCCGCCGCCACCACCACCACCACCACCCCAAAGAAGAUCAGCGAACAGAAGACAUGCGGACUCUCAAGCAGCCCGCUCCUUUCGACAGGUGCUACGAGCUCCGGCUAUAGAUGAAGACGUCGUAACCGCUGUAUCGGCGCAGGACGGCAAAGACAUCUUUCCCUUGCUCAUGCUCCCCUUUGAGGUUCGUGAAAAGAUUCUAAGAUACAUAUUGGUAUCCGACAAGCCCGUCUAUGUGAAGCGUCUCUGGACUGAACAGGUCCGUUCUAUACGCCGCAAUACCCGCGGACGAGGAUACGGGGGUAAUGGCGAUAAAAGCGAAGAGGAAUACACUAAUAAAACGACUAUUUUACGAACAUCCCGUCAAAUGCUAGCAGAGGGCAGCUUACUUCUUUAUUCGCAGAAUCAGUUCGUUUACCUAUUGCGAGACCCUAUCCACGCUAUGGUGGAUUUCGCUUCCAUGCUCAAGGAAGCGCAGAAGAAAUCCCCAAAGAAAAUCGAGGGUCGUAACAAGCGUAAGCGUAAAGCAGACAGCCAAUACGGCUUAUACGAAAUCAACAUCGCAAAGUAUGGACACUUGCUGCGACACUUAAGUAUCGAACUCGAGCCGAACAGAUCCGGCACACAAUACAGGGAGCUUAUGGAGCAGGCACUUGAUGUCCUGACUAGCUCCGAUAGAAGGGGCAGAUACCUGCUUGCUGGCCAAGUAGUGGAUGGAAAGACCCCAAGAAUUUUCCUCCACACUUUGACAAUCACGGUGUCACCUGAAAACGAUCAGGGUCGCCCUGGUAGCGGAUCAGUUUCUAAGAACAGCAGCCAAGAGUCGAGAAGCCCGUAUUCGAGCGCCAUCGAGCUGUUCGAUAGUAGAUCACUCGUCAUGCAUGCGCUCUCCCGCAUUGACACCCAGUUUCUUCGAAUCAACAUGCAUAUCGAUGAAGGCCCUUAUGAUGAGGGGGAUGACGAAUUCGCGGUCAGUACCGGAAAGCGUCAUCUCGAGACGACCAUCGACAUGCGCUUCCUUCCGCGUCGCACUAAGCAGCUCGAGUUGUCCGAAAAUGGUGAUUCGUUUUAGGUAAACGAUCACUUGAUGAAGGAGCAGCGAGCCAAGAGGGGCGAAGAGGCCCAGACAGCACUUCAGACUCUCAAGAAUCGUAUGUACGAGGGAUUCGAGAAUCCGGUUCGGGCUAUAGCCGACGGAUUAUGGGAGGACAAUAGCGCCGCCAAUAUGCGUCGCAAGAAGGAGAGGGCGGAGUUCGAGGCCCGUCUCGAGGGUGAUGCUCGCCGCCAGAAUGAUGACGAGGAAGAAUCCAGCUCUGUUGACGGUAGCGACGAAGAUGAGAAUGAUGACGAUGACUACGAGAGUCGGCCAAAGAAGAGGAAGCUGACAACUCGCGGUCGUGGACGGUCUUGAAUGCC